AGCAACCAAUAUAUAUACAUGAAUCUAAGAGACAAGAAGAAGAAUAUUUGGAGAAAAACAAGGUUGCUCCAAUAGUGUAAGUAAGAGAAGAAAAAGAAGAAGAAGAAGAAUAUGGAUCACAAAAAGGUGUUGGAGGAGCUUCUGAGAGGUUAUGAUUCUGCAACUCAACUUCGAGUAGUGAUGAAUGAAAAAGAUGAGUCAGAAACAAGAACACCAUUUGUUCAAAAUCUUGCCAAGAACGUGCUUAGAUCCUUCACCAACACCCUCUUCCUCUUGGACAAGUAUCACUCUCAUCAUCAUCUUGUCUCUCCCACCAAAUCUGAGGACUCCCAAGAAAGUUGCAAGAGUUUCACCACCAGUUUCAAGAACAGAAGAGGGUGCUACAAGAGAAAAAGAACUACACAAGAAUGGGAGAAAGUUUCACAAGCUCCAACAGUUGAUGGACACCACUGGAGAAAAUAUGGCCAAAAAGAGAUCCUCAAAGCCAAAUACUCAAGGCACUAUUACAGGUGCACUCACAAGUAUGAUCAGAAUUGUGAAGCAACAAAACAAGUGCAAAGAAUUCAAGAGGAUCCUCCAUUGUACAAGACCACAUAUUUUGGCCACCACACAUGCAAUGACUUGUUAAGUUCUGAAAUCAUACUUGAUUCCAAUGAUUCUCUUUCUGACACUUCCAUUUUGCUUAGUUUUAACAACAGCUUCCCUGCUCCAACCAAGCAAGAGUGUCCAUUUUUAUCAUCUCUUAAUCCUUCACCAUCACUGAUCAAAGAGGAGAGAAUUCCAUCAUGUUACUCUGAUGAACACAUGCUAUCCCCAGAACCCACUUUGGAUCAUUCUUCAAGGCACAAUAAUAAUAAUGUCACUACUCUACCACUCGAUCACUGGGAUGUUAUGUCUUCUGCCUUGUGUGAUUCUGUUGACCUUGAUGAUAUCAGCCUUUUGUUGGAUUUUGAUGAUUGAUUGGGUUGGUGAAUUUCUUAGACCAUUUUGAAAGUGGUGUUUCUUAUAUGUAAAGUGUGAAAGAUCAAUUUUAAUUGGAUAAAUGUUGCUU